AUGCGCUCAAAACUUAGAACCACCUUAAGGCCAACUUUAACGUUUUGCGGAAACUUACUUAUCAGCAUCAGCAGAGACCAGAACCCGAAGAUAUGGGACGUCAUCACUGGGAAUUGCCUAAAGAUGCUUGAGGCUCAUACCGACCGGAAACGAUAUCACUGCUCGGUCACGGGGAUAAUUCCGAGUCGAACUCAGAAAACAACGUCGCCUUUGGUGGCCAUGAACACUUCAAUGAAUGCUACAAAUUUUGGUCCACCUCCUUAUACCAAAUCUUCUACCCUUGGCCGGGCUGAACAACUCCCCCCCGGCGCAAGUGGCACGGUGAAGUUCAUCGCACCCCAGUCCCGGAACAAGACUGUCAAUCUCCGGGACGUUCGGGCGACUUGCAUCAUUAAUGACAACUGGGUGCAGGCGCUCCUCUUUCACCACAGCGGUAAAAUCUCCUUUCAGAGUAGGCUGGCAAAGCGUUACGGUGCUGUAAUCUAA